GAGCGAGAAGAAGCCGAGGCGCGUCGACCGGUCGACCAGACUAUAUAUCUGUGUGUGCAAAUAAUAAAACAUACAAAAAUAAAACUAAGAAGUUGAUGGUUCGUGCGAACAAAACCACCGAACAUGGAAGACUCCAAAACCGAGAUCAAAACGAAGAUAUCGUUCAGUGUUGAAUCGUUGUUGAGCGACAAGUCGCACCAGCACCAGCAGCACGUUAAGUACGAGGAUAAGUUCGAGGAGGACGACAGAUUGGACGCGGCUAGUGAUAGAUUGGACGAGGACGAGGACGAGAACAUUACCGUGGACGAUGAGGAUACCGACGGCGACGGCAGGGAGAGUUUGAGUCCCAAUUCGUCGCAUACUGUGAUCAUUCCCCAACCUUUGCAUCCCUCGUUACCCAGGAUGGUUCCGGGACAUCCUCAGUGGCCCUUUCAAUGGAUCGGACCCAACGGAUUCAGAUCGUCUUCACCACAAAGCGUAAUUUUUGUUGCAGCGAAUCUACAAAACCUGACUACCAACGGCGGGCCCCCGAUUGUCAGAUGCGCCCUUAGAAAACACAAACCCAACAGGAAACCCCGCACCCCUUUCACCACCCAACAAUUACUCGCCUUGGAGAAGAAAUUCCGGGAUAAACAGUACCUCAGCAUAGCGGAGAGGGCGGAAUUCUCCAGUUCGUUAAGGCUCACCGAAACCCAGGUGAAAAUUUGGUUCCAAAACCGGCGGGCCAAGGCGAAGCGGUUGCAGGAGGCCGAGCUGGAGAAGCUGCGGCUGUCCGCCCGGCCGCUCCUGCCGCCCAGCUUCGGGCUCUUCCCCGGCGGCGGGCCGCUGAUGUCGCCGUUUUUGGCGGCGAUGGCGCACCGGCCGCCGAAUUUCGCCUUUUCGGCGCCCAUGCUGAACAUACCGCAGUGAUGGUGAACGGAUCUCGGCGCGAGCGAAACGAAAAUACCUGAUGAUGAUGGAUGCGCGGUCGGGGCUCGGCAUUUCUCCCAAAGAUCGUUUAUUUUUGUGUUUACUUUUUUAUAGUGAUACGUACUUUCUCAGUGACUCGACAGUAGUUAUUCUUUUUUUUUAAAUAUUGUCAUCAUGUGGACUUUGAUUUGUUGUUAAUAACGGAAAAAUUAUGUGUCAUAUUACGCAAGAAUACUCACGUGUUAUUGGUGCAAUUCGUACGGGCAAUUUUGAUUCAUGUAAAAAAAAUCGUACAAGACUGAUUAGCCGAUUUUCUUUUUUUUUGUAAAAAUGUAAUUAUGUUUAUUUUAUGUACAAAGUUUAUUUAAUUUUGUUGUAUAUUGUUGUAAAUAGCGAAGAUACGA